UUUUUUUAAAAAAAAAAAAUAACGGGGGUGGUGGCGUGGGCGUAUGAGUAAAAACACAAGGGUGCAAAAAAUAACACCGAAAUCCGUUCAUUCAUAACCCAAACCCAAAGCCGUUGAUUCUUUGAUCCCGCUGCUGAUUACUUGAUCUUGAACGCGAAUUGUGUUGAAACCCUAUACAACAUGAUGAGUUCGUCAACCAUUAGAGAUCUUCAACGCGAAUUGGAGAACAAAGCAAACGAUCUCAGCAAGCUUCAAAAGGAUAUUGCCAAGAAUCACCAAGUUAGAAAGAAGUACACUAUCCAACUUGGUGAGAAUGAACUCGUCCUCAAGGAGUUGGAUUUAUUGAAAGAAGAUGCAAAUGUUUACAAGUUGAUUGGCCCUGUACUUGUUAAGCAAGAUUUGGCGGAGGCCAAUGCCAAUGUCCGCAAGAGAAUCGAAUACAUUUCAGCUGAACUGAAGCGUCUUGAUGGAACUGUUCAAGAUUUGGAAGAGAAGCAGAAUAGCAAGAAAGAUACGAUACUCAAAUUGCAACAAAAGAUGCAAUCUCUUCAGGCUGGGAAAGGGAAAGCAUAGGGCAUAGUUAUGUCUCCAAUUGUUCGAUUAUUGUAACUUUACCGUUCAUAGGUGGUGAUUAGUAUUGUGCUUGUUUUAUUUUUCAAUGUAACUUUUGAUGCCAAAGCAAGAAAGAGUAGCGGCCACUCUCACAUGUUAGUUUUGCUCAAACAAGCACUUUUAGAUGGUGGAUGAUAUAUGGUGUUUAGCAUUUUGUCUCA